CAAACGGAAAGCGCAGUGUUCGAUCCACGACCUCCGCCACCUCCUCCUCCUUCUUCCCCCUCGUCCGAGUCGCCCCAAGAAACCCUUCGAUCCCCACAGAGGGUUGACCCCAAUUGUCCAUCGGAUCGUCUCCAACCCUAUCUCGCGCCGAUUUGGAUCUCGCCCCUCCUCACCUCAGAUCUAUUCUCGGUACCUUCGGAUCCACCAGAUCCAGAUCCAGAUCUAGGGUUUUAAGGUAGUUUGCAGGGCAGGAGGCUGGUGGACGAGAUGGAGAAGUCAUGCUCGCUUCUGAUCCACUUCGACAAGGGCUCGCCGGCGAUGGCGAACGAGAUCAAGGAGGCCCUCGAGGGCAACGACGUAGGGGCCAAGAUCGACGCCCUCAAGAAGGCCGUCAUGCUUCUCCUCAACGGGGAGACGCUCCCUCAGCUCUUCAUCACCAUCGUCCGCUACGUGCUUCCCUCCGAGGACCACACCGUGCAAAAGCUGCUGCUCCUCUACCUGGAGAUCAUCGAUAAGACCGACGCCCGCGGCCGCGUGCUCCCUGAGAUGAUCCUCAUUUGUCAGAACCUCCGCAACAACCUGCAGCACCCCAACGAGUACAUCCGGGGGGUCACUCUCCGCUUUCUCUGCCGCCUAUCCGAACCCGAGAUACUGGAGCCCCUUGUGCCCUCCGUCCUCGCCAACCUGGACCACCGCCACCCCUUCAUCCGCCGCCACGCCCUUCUCGCCGUCGCCGCCAUCUACCGGCUUCCCGGCCAGGCUGGCGAGCAGCUCCUUCCUGACGCCCCCGAGCUGGUUGAGAAGACCUUGUCGUCUGAGCAGGAUCUUUCCGCCCGUCGCAACGCCUUCCUCAUGCUCGCCUCCUGCGCCCAGCCCCGUGCCGUCACCUACCUCCUGUCCCACGCCGACCACGUUCCCGACUGGGGCGACCUCCUUCAGAUGGCCGCCCUCGACCUCAUACGCAAGGUCUGCCGCUCCAACCCCGCUGAAAAGGGCAAGUACAUUAAGAUCAUCAUCUCCCUUCUCAACUCCCCCUCUGCCGCCGUCGUCUAUGAGUGUGCCAGCACUCUCGUUUCCCUGUCCUCUGCUCCGACUGCCAUCCGGGCUGCUGCCAACACCUACUGCCAGCUCCUUCUCACGCAGAGCGACAACAACGUCAAGCUCAUCGUGCUCGACCGCCUCAACGAGCUCAAAUCGUCGCACAGGGAGCUUAUGGUGGAAAUGAUUAUGGAUGUGCUCCGUGCCCUGUCAAGUCCGAAUCUUGACAUCAGGCGCAAGACGUUGGACAUCGCCCUCGAGCUGAUUACAUCGAGGAACGUCGAUGAGGUGGUACUCACGCUCAAGAAGGAGGUCGUCAAGACCCAGAGCACUGAGCUCGAGAAAAAUGGGGAAUACCGGCAGAUGUUGGUGCAGGCCAUUCAUUCAUGUGCGAUCAAGUUCCCCGAGGUCGCAAGCACCGUGGUGCAUCUGCUGAUGGAUUUCCUCGGGGACACGAAUGUGGCUUCUGCUGUUGACGUGGCUCUCUUCGUCAGAGAGAUAAUUGAGACCAACCCAAAGCUCAGAGUGUCCAUCAUCACGAGGCUACUCGACACGUUUUAUCAGAUUCGUGCUGCGAGGGUCUGCUCGUGUGCUCUUUGGAUCAUUGGUGAGUACUGCCUUUCGCUCUCUGAGGUGGAAAGUGGGAUCACGACUAUUAAGCAGUGCCUGGGAGAUCUUCCUUUCUACACUAGCACUGAGGAGGGGGAGGUGGCGGAUGCUUCAAAGAAACCCCAGCAGGUCAACUUGUCUGGUACCGUUUCUUCAAGACGGCCUGUGGUUUUGGCGGAUGGAACUUAUGCAACACAAAGUGCUGCCUCAGAAACUGCUGUGUCUGCUCCGACGGUUCUUCCAGGAUCUGUGGGUUCACCUGGAAAUUUGAGGUCACUAAUCUUGUCUGGUGACUUCUUUGUAGGUGCAGUCGUUGCUUGCACUUUGACUAAGCUGGUUUUGAGACUGGAAGAGGUCCAGCCGUCAAAGGCUGAAGUAAACAAAGCUUGCACUGGGGCUUUGCUGAUAAUGACUUCUAUGUUGCAGUUGGGACAGUCUACCUUUCUUCCCCACCCGAUCGAUAAUGAUUCUUACGACAGGAUUGUGUUGUGCAUAAGGUUGCUCUGCAACACUGGUGAUGAGGUGAGGAGAAUAUGGUUGCAGUCAUGCCGCCAGAGUUUUGCUAAAAUGCUCGCAGAGAAGCAGUUCCAAGAAACUGAGGAGAUUAAGGCUAAGGCCCAGAUUUCCCAUGCACAACCUGAUGAUCUCAUUGAUUUCUACCACUUGAAGAGUAGGAAGGGUAUGAGCCAGCUUGAGUUGGAGGAUCAAGUCCAAGAUGAUUUAAAACGAGCAACUGGAGAAUUCAUGAAGGAUGGAGAUGAUGCAAAUAAAUUGAACCGAAUUCUUCAACUAACAGGAUUCAGUGAUCCUGUGUAUGCUGAGGCAUAUGUGACAGUUCAUCAUUAUGACAUUGUCCUUGAUGUUACAGUGAUUAAUCGAACAAAGGAAACACUUCAGAAUUUGUGCUUGGAAUUAGCAACAAUGGGAGACCUCAAACUUGUAGACCGACCACAGAACUAUACACUAGCUCCAGAAACAAGUAAACAAAUCCGAGCCAAUAUAAAGGUUUCUUCAACAGAAACUGGAGUCAUAUUUGGUAAUAUUGUAUAUGAAACUUCAAAUGUGCUUGAGAGAACUGUUGUUGUCCUCAAUGACAUCCACAUUGACAUCAUGGACUACAUAUCUCCUGCUAUCUGUGCUGAUGUGACAUUUAGGAACAUGUGGGCAGAAUUUGAGUGGGAAAACAAGGUUGCAGUGAACACUGUAAUACAGGGUGAGAAGGAAUUUUUGAAUCACAUUAUCAAGUCCACAAACAUGAAGUGCCUCACACCACUCUCGGCCUUGGAUGGGGAGUGUGGGUUUCUUGCUGCUAACCUAUACGCAAAGAGUGUCUUUGGAGAGGACGCUCUGGUCAAUGUGAGUGUCGAGAAGCAGGCAGAUGGGAAGCUCAGUGGUUACAUCCGGAUACGGAGCAAGACACAAGGAAUUGCUCUGAGUUUAGGGGAUAAGAUCACUCUCAAACAGAAGGGUGGUAGUUAGUAAGAACCAUAUCUAGUCUAUUCGCUCCAACAUUUCGCCCUGUAAUUUUUCUUUCGAAAAGGUUUCUUUUCUGGUUGUUUUGUUUGCAGAACCGUUUCCAUUAUGUUGUCGUAUACCAAGUCUCAUCAGGGCCCGCACUUGUUCCAUUGCCACUGUUUUGUAGUACAUGGGUGAUACAGGGACUUGAAUUCUAUACUUGCUUUGCCUA